AUGACCCCUCUGUGCUUCUCUGUGGUGGAGUUGGAAGGGAUCCCAGGGGUCAUCUACUCCUGCCCCCUGCAGUGCGGGCAUCUUUUGCCCCACGUGGCGCUCGAACCCACGACCCCUACGCCAGGCGUCUCCUGCGGGAGCGUCUCCGCUGGCCGGGGGCUGCGCUGGAUGGCCUCUGGGUGCCCCUUCGCCCUCGGCUUCCGCCCGGCGCGAAGGCGGAGCAGCUCUCUCUCCCGGGCCACGCCCCCUCCUCCGCCCAAUCGCAGGGGCGUGGCCCGGGGCGGCUCGGGCUCCUGGAGGUCGCGGCGGGCGCGCAGGCCGGCAUCGCACCGGGGCAGCUCCGGGGGGAGGAAGCCAGGUCUGGGGCUGCUGCUGCCCCCCACUCUGCCCCCUGCCAUGCUGCCGCUCCUCCGGGCCCUGAUCAGGGGGGGCACCGGCCCCUUGGCCCCCUGGGCUGACCCAGGCGGGGCUGGCCUGCUCCCGACCUGCAGCUUCUGCCUGGGGAGGGCCAAGCCCCCUGCCUCACCGCCGGAACCCGGCCCCCCGCAUCCCGCUGCGGCCCCCGAGGAGUCGCCGGAGAGGCGGAGCAGCUUUGUGGCCCUGAAGCGUCUGCUGGAGCGAUCGCGCAGCGUACCCGAGCUCCUGCGCUGGCUGUGGCAGAACCCGGGCCGGGUGUCGGGUGCGCAUUAUGCCCUGGCCCUCGGCCACCUGGGCCGCCUGCUCCCCCCGGGCAAGGGGGGUCCCCGCCUGGAGCCCCUCCUGCGCCAGCCCUGCCUGCCAGGAGACGGCCGCCUGGUCCUGGCGCUGCAGGAUGAGGCCCAGAGGCGGCUGGAGCGCCUUCGCCAGAGGAAUGUCUCGACGGUCAGCGGCAACAACGUUCGCCUCCGCCCACUGAGCCAUGCUGCCGCUACCACCCCCCCUCUGGCGGAGGCCUUUCCUGCGCCUGGUGUGCCUCUCGCUGCGCCAGCUGCAGGUUGCGCAGGAACAGGAGCUGGCGCUGCUGGAGGAGAUGCUCUGUCUCUGCGCCCGCGAGGCCACUGGCAGCGACACCCUGGGCGCCAUCUUCGGAUCCCAGCUCUUCUACCAGAACCGCCGGGAGAACUUCGUCCGCGGCAUGGCAGACUGGUUCCCUGGCAAGGCGGGGGCUUGACCCCUCCCACCAUGGCCCUGGUUGCCAAAUACCUGGCCCGCCACCGCCUGAGAGAGCCUCGCCUGCUGGACGCCAUCGCCACCUUCCUGCUGGAGAGGGCACAGCAGCUGGACAGCAAGAUGAUCCAGAAGCUGGUCUUCCCCUUCAGCCGGUUGAACUUCCGCCCGUCCAACCACGCCGCCCUCUUCCCCCGCCUGGAGGCGGCUCUGCAGAAGCCGGGCGUCUCCCCGCUGGCCGCCCUCAACGUCCUCAUGUCCUUGGUGCAACUCGGCCACUUCCCUCCUGCCCUCCUGCGCCAAGUCUUCUCUCCCGCCUUCCUGGCCAACGUCACCAGCAGCCCCUGCGGGCAGAUUGUGCUGCGCUACCUCUCCCUCUUGGACGCGGCUGUGGCACUGGAGGUCCCCGAGUACCGCGGCCCCCGCCUGCCCCCCCAGUACCACGUGCGCAUGUUCGAAGGGGCGCUCACCGCAGACGAGGCCAACCGCAAGUACAGCUACAAAGGCCUGGUGGGAGAGGCUCUCUGCCAGCUGGUGGGCAGGGGGUGCUUCCGGCAGGACGAGGUGGUGCCCCCGGGAUAUUGCCUAGACUUCCUGCUCUGGGUCACCCCUUCUGGCAGCGUCCUCCCCCUGGGGGGCCCCCACAGCUCUCCCAAGGGUGCUGCCCUCGCCUCUGGAACUCAGAACCCGGCAUCUUUGGGGCUGGAGUCGACAGCAGGGCCUCUGCUGCCCCCGGACAGCUUGUGUGGCCCCAGCCGGGAGCUCUCGCCAGGGACCCCCUCCCUGAGCAGCCCCACGCGGACGGACCCCUCCCCGGCGAGCAGCAACGGGACCCACUUCUUCUUCCCCGCCUGGGGGCCAGAGACUGGGCAGGGGCUCUGCCUCCCCCCAGCGGACGAAGGGGGCCCCUUCUCCCCCCAGGGGCCCAGCACCAAAGGCGCAGCGCAGGGUGGUCCACAGGAGAAGGAGGGGGUCCACAGGGUGGUGCUGUCUGUCAACGACCAAUGGCAUUACUGCCACGGCUCCUCGGUCCUGGUGGGCUCUCGGGCCAUGCGCAGCCGACAUCUCCGCCUGUUGGGCUACCGCCUGGUGCAGCUGCCCUACCAGGAGCUGGAGAAAAUGAGGGGCGUCGAGGAGACCAAGGUCUACCUGAGACGGAAGCUGGAGGAGCUGCAAUUCUGAAGCAGACGCCUCGCUGUGGGUCUGUGUGGGUCACCGGACAGCGGGCACGUUUGGGGAUGGUGUGGGUCUUUCCUUGCAGAGCACACAUUCCCCCAGUGCACCCCUGAGAGGGAUUCGUUCAAGGUGCAAGAGAGGGUUUUUCUUUGCAAUAAUAAAUUAAAAUAAAUUAAAAGAAUAAUAAUAAUAAAGAGGCGAAACGUCCA